AUGGCAGAUGCCCUGUGUGGGCCGUCGAAUGCGCUGCAGAGCUUCCAGAAGCACACCUCCGUGGAUCGGACGCUCCAGCAGGACCGGCUCACGUCGAGGGCAUCAUCGUCGCAAGGCUUUCGAUCUGGACCCGGGCCAAAUGCUGGCAUACUAGACCCAGAAUUCGAGGCUUUCCAAGCCGGCAUCCCCUCCGCUCCGCUGCAACCAGACUUCCAGCACUUCUCUCCGCAAUACUCGCAUACGCCUGCUGGACCAGGUUUUGCGCCUCACCCUGCCACCUCAGGCUGGGCUUCCGACUUCCAGCGCCUCCACAUAUCCUCUCCGCCCCCCGCCUUUACACAACGUCCUGCGCAAGCUGCGUCCCCACAUCAAGCCUCAGCAGCAUGGCAUCAGGACUUCCUCAGAUCCCAGAAUGGCGCGGCCACAUUUCAGGGGCGUCAGACCCCCAUACAGCCACUGUAUGGAGGCGUGCAAGGAUACGGCCUGCAGAAUAACUUCCCGAUGUACGGUGGCGGCAUUGCUGAGCAGCCGGUGUUGUCAAUCGCACAAGGGAAGCAGAGGCAGCACGAAGUUGCAGAACACUUCGACGAGGCGGCAUUCGAACGCGCUUUUGAUGCCGCUCGAGCGGAGAUGCUUGAGGAAGAGACGCUUGCGGGGCAGGAGGCGCAAGCUGAUCGCUUCAACCACGAGGAGAUGGAGACUCUGCGGCACGCGACAAACCAUCUAGCAGCACAGGACAACUCCGAAACCGCACGGCAGCUCAAAGAAGCGAGUAUAGCGCAAUACCGUGCAGAACUCGACAACCUCCGGCCUAUGCCCCCUGAGCACUUCGAGCAGCUCUCACACGAAGCGCAACAGGAGCAGCAGCACGAACAAGAACAAGCGAAAAGCAGAAACGACGACGAGCUCGCCGCAACAGCCGGCCAGCUCCUCGAGUCCGUCUCCUCCAACACAUCGAAGAAGUUCCAGGAAAGCCAGUUCCUGCAGCUGAUGCGGCGGCUGCGCGACCGCGAAGUGCGCGUCGAGGGCGACAAGAUGGUCGAAGUCAGUCCCACCCACUCCCCUCCUUCGCACUCCGUCCUUUCCUCCGCUCCAACUCCAGCACCGCUUUCCACAGCACCCGUGACUGCCCCGCCGAUGGCUGAGCAAACUGAUUCGCGCUCCCGGCACCUCCACAUGCCGCCCGAGCCCGAAUUCAUCAGCUGCAAGGUCUUCGGGUGCAACAACGCGGCGCCCGUCUUCAAGGCCGGCUGGGGCGGUGGCCACAACGACGACGACGACGACGACUACGGGCUCCACCUCUGCGGUUGA